GCCUGGCAGCUUGAAGCCCCAGGGUCAGUGGGAUCCAGGUCCUAUCGCAGGUCCGCUCAUGUGUGCACACCCUCGUGCAGGCCAAGGACAGCGACGAUGAUGAUGAUGUCACUGUCACCGUGGACCGAGAUCGCUUCAUGGAUGAGUUCUUCGAACAGGUGGAAGAGAUCCGUGGCUUUAUCGACAAGAUCUCCGAGAAUGUGGAGGAGGUGAAGCGGAAGCACAGCGCCAUCCUGGCCUCCCCCAACCCUGAUGAGAAGACGAAGGAGGAGCUGGAAGAACUCAUGUCUGACAUAAAGAAGACGGCAAACAAAGUUCGCUCCAAAUUAAAGAGCAUUGAGCAGAGCAUUGAGCAGGAGGAGGGCCUGAACCGCUCGUCAGCUGACCUGAGGAUCCGGAAGACACAGCACUCCACACUGUCUCGGAAGUUUGUGGAGGUCAUGUCGGAGUACAAUGCCACGCAGUCAGACUACCGAGAGCGCUGCAAGGGCCGCAUCCAGAGGCAGCUGGAGAUCACGGGCAGGACCACCACCAGCGAGGAACUGGAGGACAUGCUGGAGAGUGGGAAUCCAGCUAUCUUUGCUUCCGGGAUCAUCAUGGACUCCAGCAUCUCAAAGCAGGCCCUGAGCGAGAUUGAGACGCGGCACAGUGAGAUCAUCAAACUGGAGAACAGCAUCCGUGAGCUGCAUGACAUGUUCAUGGAUAUGGCCAUGCUGGUGGAGAGCCAGGGAGAGAUGAUUGACAGGAUUGAGUACAACGUGGAGCAUUCAGUGGACUAUGUGGAGAGGGCCGUCUCCGACACCAAGAAAGCCGUCAAGUACCAGAGCAAAGCACGCCGGAAGAAGAUCAUGAUCAUCAUCUGCUGUGUGGUCCUGGGCAUCGUCAUCGCCUCCACCUUUGGAGGCAUCUUUGGCUAGAAACCACCCACCUUCCACUCCACUCUGGAUGGUCCGCCCUGAGGAGGCCCCCUGGCUGCUGCAGCCUUCUGGCCUGGAAGCCCUCAUUGCCACUCCAAACUGCUCCUUUCUCUGCCACAGGGCCCACCGUCCCCACCCUGCCCUGAGCCGUCGUGUGCAUGAUCUUUGUGACAGUGUGUGUCUGUACAGAAGAGGCAGAGGGACGGUGGGCUGGGAAACUGCCAGUGGGGUGGGGAUAGGCCAACAAGGGACAGACGGGGCACCGGCUCAGGCCGUCUCACCCUUCCCAGGCAGGGCUGCCCUCGUUCACAUGGUCUCCUUCCCUUGCCUUCAGUAACUCUCCAGUCUGGGGUCUGCCCCUCCUGGGAUCAAGGCUGCCUGGAUUCUGGCCUUGCCUCCUGCUGACCCACUCAUCUGCCCUAUCCUCUCCAGCUGUCCCCCUAAAUGGAUCCCCCUGAGGGGUGGGGACCAGCUGGCCACAUGGUGCUGCUUUUCAGGUUAGGGGAGGGUAGCCCUGAGAGACAGCCCUGCUCCAAGCCUCAAACAGCUGAUCACUGCCAGGGAGGCUCAGGGUGCUGUGGCCAGAUGGAUUCUGGCCCUGUCAAGACCAGGCUUCCUCCCCACCUAGGGGCAGAGUCCAGCAGGUCUUUGGCUGCCUCAGCCUCCCUUCCAUAUCCCUCAAGCCCAGGAGCAACCCCUUUGGGCUAUGCCUGAUCCUGACUCCAGGUAGCCUUCUGGUACCUGGUUUCCAACCACCCCGUGGAGCCCGGGAAGCAGAGCAGGCCCCUAUCAGUGCCCGGGCCACAGCCUGGGCCAUCUCCCCAGCAGGCCUGUCGGGUCCUCAAGCCAUUGUGUUGUGCAUGUUUGGGAUGGUGGUCCCUGCUCUCGUGCUCUGGGAAGUCAUGUCACUUUUGGCCUGCAAUCUUGUUCUACCUUUGCUGUCCCCCAUUGAUGUGCCACGUGGGUGUCAGGUGUCUCGGAUGCAGUAUUCAGCAGCCAGUCAGGGAGGGGUACUUGUCCUUCCCCACCAUCUUGGGCCUUCUCAAGUCAGAAACGUGUCCCCCACCCCACUUCCUCAGUGGCAGGCAGGGAGUGUGCAUGCGAGUGCAUGCGGCAGGGGAUGGGGCCACGUCUGUGCCCUACCUUCCCCCGGCUUUGCUCCCGCCCAGUGACUAACACUGUCCGUGUUGCCUUUAACAGCAACUUCCCUCCCCUCCACUCUCCACCCCUUCACCAAAGGUCUUGGUACAACCAGCUGCCCAUUUUGUGAAAUUUUUAUGUAGAAUAAACAUUUGUAUCUGUACCAUG